UUUUCCUUUCCAGACCAAUAGACCAUGGGAAAUGAAACCACAGACUUCACCGACUGGCCACUGAUGACAGAAUUUGACUAUGGUGAUUCAACACCAUGCAUGGGAACUGAGGAAAAGCAUUUUGCAGCAAUUUUUUUGCCACCUCUUUAUUCUUUAGUGGUGAUAUUUGGCCUGACAGGCAACAUGCUUGUUGUCCUUAUCCUGGUAAAAUACAAGAGGCUGAAGAGUAUGACUGACAUCUACCUGCUCAACUUGGCAAUCUCCGAUCUGCUGUUUGUAUUUUCUCUCCCUUUUUGGGCUUAUUAUGCAGUUCACGACUGGAUUUUUGGGGAGGCGAUGUGUCGAAUUCUGUCAGGUGUCUACCUCCUUGGCUUCUACAGUGGCAUCUUUUUCAUAAUCCUUUUGACUCUGGACAGGUACCUGGCCAUCGUGCAUGCAGUGUUUGCUUUGAAAGCCAGGACAGUUAGCUACAGCAUCCUCGCCAGCGUUGUCACUUGGGCUGUUGCUGCCCUUAUUUCUGUCCCUGGGGUAGUAUUUCACAAAACUCAGAAGGAAAGUUCACGUAAUACUUGCAGUGCUCAUUAUCCUAGUGAUUCCACAGUAAGUUGGAAGUAUUCUUUUAAUUUAAAGAUGAACAUUCUUGGACUUAUUGUUCCAAUGCUCAUUAUGAUCUUCAGUUACUCACAAAUUCUAAAAACAUUAUUGAGAUCUAAGAAUGAGAAAAAACAGAAGGCAGUCAAACUUAUUUUUGUAAUCAUGAUUUUUUACUUCAUCUUCUGGACACCAUUCCAUAUUUCUUCUUUUUUGCAUACAUUUCAAAAUUCACUUUUCAUCCCAAAUUGUGAACUUAAAGGACAACUGGAGAAAGCAAUUCAAGUGACAGAAACAAUCUCAAUGAUCCACUGUUGCAUCAAUCCUGUGAUCUAUGUAUUUGUGGGAGAAAAAUUUAGGGCAUAUCUUCAUACCUUUUUCCGAAAGCAUGUCGCACCUCACCUUUGCAAAAAAUGUCCAGGUCUUUAUCGUGAAAAAUUGGAAAGAGUCAGUUCUACAUUCACACAAUCCACUGCAGAGCACGACAUCUCUACUGGACUGUAA